UGUUAAACAUGUUUCGAAAUGUUUCUUCUUCUUCGCAAGCCCGAAGCCAGGAACGAUCUCGCCGUAUGAGCAAGUUCCGACAUUAUUAACACCGUUUCUCCGCCGUGCUCGUACUCGUCUUCACAUCUGAAUUCCGACAAGAUAUUGCGUCUGCUCUCCUCUUCUACCCCGCGCUCGUCUUCUCAUCACCGAAACCUCUUCUUCUCGUAGCUAACUCAAUCCAAUCUCCAUUCGAAUCGACUCUGCAAAACCUGGUGCUUUUAGAUUCGUCUCCUAAAUUCUAACAUAAGCCCUAAAAUACGAAAUUGAAAUAUCUGGGAACCCUCUAUAAUUCAACCACUGUAAAUCUCCAUCCGAUUCAGACGGAGAAUCGCCAUCAACAACGUGUGUAUUUGAUCAAAAGUCUCCGUCGCAGCCGACUGAAACUGAGCAAAAUUUGAUUUUUCGAUUUCGAAAACUCGUGCGGGACUGAGUAAAUGGCGGAUUUUCAGACAUCAACACAACGGGCCAAGUGGAUUUUCACUCCCCAGAAACUGGCAGACAAAUAUAAAGCUGCUAACAAGAGGGCAGUGCAAAUGCUGGAGAAGUGUGGAACAACCCAAGUUGAAGUAGAUGCCAGUGGAUCACUAACAUAUCCUAAAGAUAAAGUUGAUGCAGCAGAUCCAGCUGAUAAGAAGCUUAAGCCUUUGAGUGUUGAUGAAGAACGGUUCAUGAGAGCAUUUUAUGAGGCUAAGGUCCAAGAAGUGUGUAGUGCCUUUGCAUUUCCUCACAAGAUUCAGGCAACAGCCCUCCAAUACUUUAAGAGAUUUUAUCUGCAAUGGUCUGUUAUGCAACAUCAUCCAAAAGAGAUAAUGUUAACCUGUGUGUAUGCAGCUUGUAAAAUAGAGGAGAAUCAUGUAUCUGCUGAGGAAAUUGGGAAAGGGAUUAACCAAGAUCACCAGAUCAUUCUCAAGUAUGAGAUGGCUGUUCUUCAGAGUUUGGAAUUUGAUCUGAUUGUUUAUGCACCGUAUCGUGCAAUUGAAGGUUUUGUCAACAAUAUGGAGGAAUUUCUUCAAGCUAGAGAUGAUCAAAUCCAGAAACUGGAGAGUUUACUCAAAGCGGCGACAGCAGAAGCCGAUAAAGUUAUGCUCACAGAUGCUCCACUCCUCUUUCCUCCUGGCCAGUUGGCAUUGGCGUCUUUACGUAUUGCAAAUGGGGUUCUUGGAGUGAUUGACUUUGAUAGGUACCUAGAGAACAUUGUUUCUCAACCAAACUCUGAGCACACAACUUCAGAGCUCACAAAGUUCCUUGAUGACAUCGAAUUUUUGGUAAAGAACUACAAGAAACCAAGUGAAAAGGACAUGAAGCAUAUCAACCGGAAGCUAAAAUCUUGUCUAGGACAUAGUUCUUCACAUGACGAGUACAUUAACCUCUCUUCUAUUAAUUCUUCUAACCACUAUAUAUAUAUAUAUAUAUUUAUAUAUAUAGUUUUUGCUUCUUCAGUUGACUCCCUUCUCUAUUUAUUUUCCUCAGGAGUAAGAAACGGGAGAAGAGAUCGAAGCACAAGUCCCAUAGGAGCUCCAAUGAUACACCAAACGGGGCACCGAUAGGUUGAGUUUCUUGUUCUGCCAUUAGCAAUUCUUCCUUGGCACUUUGGUUAGUUUUAAUCUUAUUGAAUGAGAAAAUCCUCUUUAUAGUUUUUUUUCCUGUUGUUGUUCUUACUAGUAAGUUUGAGCAGAUUUAUGUUAACAAUAUUGGCCAUAAGUUUGUUUAUUCCGAAGAUGUCAAUGAACCUAUAACAAAACUACCAUUUAAUUUAAGUUUCGAUGUACACAACAA